CGCAAGCGGGGAGCUUCCAACCGUACAAGUAAAAAUGAAACGUGCAUCAGAUGACAGAGGCCUUGUGGCCUUCAUCCUUUUCAUUCUGGGAAUGGGAACACUUCUUCCAUGGAAUUUCUUUAUUACUGCUUUUGGCUAUUUUAAUGACCGGCUAAAUACAACAACAUCGAGCAACAUUUCGAUAUCUGACCAGGAGGAUCCGUACAUGUUUAACAACAUGUGUGUGCUGAUUUCUCAGCUACCUUUGCUGUUGUUUACACUUCUGAACUCCUUUCUAUACCAGCAUAUUCCAGAAAGGAUGAGGAUAGCUGGCAGCAUGGUGUUAAUAUUACUGCUCUUCAUCCUCACUGCCACUUUGGUGAAAGUGAAAAUGGAACAGUACACUUUCUACUCCAUUACCAUGAUGACCAUCUGGUUUAUCAACAUGUUUGGGGCAGUGUUGCAGGGCAGUCUGUUUGGUCUGGUUGUCAAGUUCCCUCCCAAGUAUAGCUCUUUGUUUAUGAGUGGCCAAGCCAUGGCUGGAAUCUUCUCUGCUAUUGCCAUGUUGAUCUCGAUAAUCUUUAAAACAGACAAUGAGAGUGCCGCUUUAGGCUACUUUGUUACUCCAUGUGCUGCCACACUCCUCACACUGUGCUGUUACCUACUGCUGCCCCACCUGAAAUUUGCAAGCAUUUAUUUAGAAGACAGGACUACAAACAAAGUAGAGACCAAGCAAGAGUUUUCAAAGGGAAAAGUGGAGACUGUGACCUUGGUGAAGGUGAAGCUCAAUGACCCUUCCUUUGAUCCAAACUGCAAUGGUCAAUGCAUGUUAAACACUGACGAUGGAGCCUGUAAGAACGUGGAUGUGGAAAAGACACAAGAGAAGAAGUCACCAGUGUUUGCGGUUUUUAAAAAGAUUUGGGUGAUGGCCUUCUGUGUGACGUGUGUUUUCAUGGUCACAUUGUCAGUUUUUCCAGCAGUCACUGUGCUGGUGAAACCUGGCGAGCUGUUUACAGGAACAUGGGCUGACAUUUUUACUGCCCUCUGCUGUUUCCUGGUCUUUAAUGUGAUGGACUGGGUUGGACGAAGUGUCACCUCAGUUGUUCAAUGGCCCUCAAAGGAGAGCUGCUUUUUCUCUGUUUUUGUGAUGGCUCGUGUGAUCUUCAUCCCUGCCCUUAUGAUGUGCAACAUUCCGAAUGGCAAACUCCCAACACUAUUUAGGCAUGAAUUUGCUUUUAUAGCUGUCAUGUCUAUAUUUGCCAUGACAAAUGGGUAUUUUGGCAGUCUUUCCAUAUCCUAUGCAUCACAGUUGGUAAGGUCCAAAGAUGCAGAGACAGCAGGGGCUUUGAUGACUUUCUUCCUGGCUUUGGGGCUGUCCCUUGGAGCAGCACUCUCCUUUGUUUUAAAAAACUGAUAUUGUUUUAUAGGUUGAACCUAUAGGGACUACUAAUAAAUCAGGAGGGUAUUUCUAGUUAGGGGUAUCAGACUUAGUUCCUGGAAAGCUGCAGUUCUAGGGGGAAAAAAAAAUCCUUUAGUGGAUACCAGUGAAAAAAACCAAACUGUUAAUAGGAACCGAAUUUGACAUGACAACAUAUUUUGUUCAUUAAACACUGAGCAGCACAGUAAUACUUAAAGCACUUAAUGUGAUGGGCAGCUAGCACUUAAAAAUGGUAAAUAAAAAGUGAAUCAAUACUAUAAAUGUAUUAUUUUGUUGAUUUGAUUCACUGAUGUCUAAACUGAUCAUGUUGUAAAUCUGAAGCAGGGUUUUUCAGGUCCAGCGUCAUGCAGACAUGCAUGAAUCUUACUUCCCUUCUUAAAACAAACUUGAUACAUCUUAGUCUAAGUAUCAAGCCCUGUGUGUUGAAUUAUAUAUACAUUUGUGUGUGUCUAUUUCUAGUGUUAAAGGAUAUACUGGUAUAUACUGUACAUGUGUAAAUUGAUCCUAAUACUUGUUUACUAAGACAGGUUUGAGUAUUGACAGUCCUUUCACUCAGGUGAAAGUACAUUAAUAACUGGAGUGUUUCUAGUAACAGUAUUGGAUUUGAAUUUUUAUAUAGUUCAAACGAAUUUAAUAUUUAAUGAAUAUAAAGAUGUAUUUAAGUGUAUUUUAUAUUGUAUUUUAUUUAAAAUGUUUUGUUUUAUGUACAUUUUUAUGUUUUCUACGUUUGGUAUUUUAGGUAUUUUAUUUUUGGUAUUUUACACAUUUUGUAAAACACAAUAAAAAGAAUAUGAUGUUUA